AGCAUGGCGCUUAGCAUGGAUGUGCAUUCAACAAAGCCUUGGAUAUUGCUAUGCCAUGGCAAUGGCCAAGUCACUAUUUGGAACCACCAGAACCAGACAAGAGUGAUGGCAAUCCACGAGUUUCUGCGAGUGAUGGCAAUCGGACUGAUUAGUGCACCUAAAUUCAUCGAGCCGCUGCAAGCAUUUGUAUUCGGCGAUGAUAAAGGAUAUAUCCACGUGUAUUCAUAUAUAAAAUUGGAGAAGCUGCAGACUUUUAGAGGUCACGCGGAUCGCGUCACCUCACUGGCGGUUCACCCCAGUGAGCCAUUAGUGCUCUCAUCAUCUUGGGACGAGCUGAUCAAACUUUGGAACUGGGAGGCUGGCUGGCAGUGCAUACGGACAUUCCAAGGACACUCAAGCCUGGUGUAUCAAGUCAAGUUCAACUCGCAGACUGCCGGAAACAUUUUUGCUAGUUGCUCAGGAAACUACACGAUAAAGGUUUAUUAAUUAGUUGGUGUAGAUUUUUUUUUAGUAUAAGAGCAGUUUUCAUAUCAAUUUCCCUAAUAAUUUCGUACUGAUGCUUGAGAUUAACAGAUGUGGAACAUAGAUUCUCCUACUCCCGUCGCCUCAUUCAAGUGCUAUCUAGGAUCUGAUGAUGGUCUUGAUUAUUUCUGCCCGGGCGGGGCUUUUCAGUAUUUGGUUACACACAGUGCGUAUAAGGGGAAUGCACAGGUAUGACAUCUUCAAUAUUGUUUUAUAGCAACACAUGCAGAGCUCACGAAAAAAGAAGCAAAAUAUAGUACUAUUAAUGAUGCAUGUGUAAAUUAUUUUGGUGUGCCGCCUCAAGCUCCAUGUUUUUUCCAGAUCUGGGAUUUGCAAUCAAAUACAUGUAUUAAACUUAUCAACGGACUCCAAAAAAUGGGCUGCAAUAUUGCUGUAGUUGAACGUCCCUCAGGUCGUCCGAUUCUGCUUACAGUGUCAGAGGACCACACUGUUGCUUUUUGUGACUUAACAACUCAUAGGUAUGAGAAUAGGGUUAACUUUAAUCUGGGAAACGUCCAGGGCAUCGCA